AUGGAGUAUAACCUUGCAUGGAUUACCAUUUCCGUCGAUGGAGCUAUUUCCGUGCAUAUUCUAAAGCUCGACUAUGCUACAGAAGAUCUGUCGAUGAGUCUUGUAGCUGGUUAUCGGCCUCGUGUGCGGAUGAAAGAAGCUGGACGAGGCUCUGCUGUUGCUCAAAAUUUGUACUAUGUCCUCUCUGCCUAUCCUCUCAUUGGUAUCCAUAUGCUCCUCUACAUAUGGGUUGGUCUCCUUCACGAUGGAGUUUUGAGUGUCCAACGUCUCAAUGUGUACAACCCCAUUUAG